GACGUGGGACUGGAGACAGAGAGGGCUGCAUUAGAGGAGCCCAACACACACAACACUGAACAGACUGUGAAUCAGGAGGAGCCUGUAGUGGUAGAGGUCUGGUCAGCCCCAGAACCACACGCUGAUCCUGAACCCCCCGCUGCUGCUGCUGAGCCAAGCACACAAAUGACACAGCCUCACACACACACCCACCCAGAGCCCGAUACACAACUCCCUCCCCUCCAGGACCAGGCAACUCCACCCUCCUCCACCCCAUCGCCCAGCGAUGACCUAGCCCAGGACCAAGCCUCCACAGACCCCCCAGCCCCGGCAGAACCCAGCCCAGCCCCGGCCACAGAAGAGCCCCAACACACACCUACCUCUACCUCUCACACCCCUGCUCCAGCCCCAGCCAGUGGUGAUGCUGACCUAGUGGAGAGCCAGUCAGAGCAGGAUCAAAUUCAGGCUGGUUCUGAUGCUGAUGUCCAAGCAUCUGUCAGCCCAGAGGACCCAGACCAGGACCACGGUCUACCAGAGCUGGACCUGGGGGGGAAACACCUCCCACAGGCACCAAGACACCGACCAAGACCAGCAGGCAGUGGAUCAGGCAGUGGAUGCCAGUGAUGCCAGCGCUAUUGAGACGGACCCCUCAGUGCCCAGUAAGGAGGACAUCCCAACCUUCGACGAGUGGAAGAAACAAGUCAUGGAGGUGGAGAAAGAGAAGACUCUGUCCCUCCAUACCUCUUCAAGUGGAAGCUCCCCUGUGAAGAAGGUACAGAAGAACUUUAAAAACAACUAUGCUUCUGUGGAGUGUGGUGCUAAGAUACUGUCAGCUAACACAGAGGCCAAGAGUACAUCUGCUAUCCUCAUGGAGAAUAUGGACCUGUACAUGCUGAACCCCUGCAGCAUCAAGAUCUGGUUUGUGAUAGAGCUGUGUGAGCCCAUCCAGGUGAAACAGUUGGACAUCGCUAACUUUGAACUCUUCUCCUCCACACCUAAAGACUUCCUGGUCUCCAUCAGCGACAGGUAUCCCACCAACAAGUGGUUGAAGUUGGGAACGUUCCACGCCCGUGACGAGCGCACCGUCCAGAGCUUCCCAUUGGAUGAACAGCUCUACGCCAAAUACAUCAAGAUGUUCAUCAAGUACAUAAAGGUGGAGCUCAUCUCCCACUUUGGAUCAGAACACUUCUGUCCCCUCAGCCUCAUCAGGGUGUUUGGUACCAGUAUGGUGGAGGAAUAUGAAGAGAUUGCAGAUUCUCAGUACCCCUCAGAGAGGCUGGAGUACCUUGAUGAGGAUUAUGACUACCCUCCUGGGUACCUCCACUCUGAGGACAAGGGGUCCAAAAAUCUGCUGGGCUCUGCCACAAAUGCCAUUCUCAACAUGGUCAACAACAUAGCAGCCAAUGUUCUGGGAGGCAAGCCUGAGGGAGGAGCACAGAUAGAAGCCAACGCAUCAUCAGAAGCCCAGAACGAGACUGAGGGAAACAAAGAUGUGCAGCUCACCACAACUCCAACCCCCACCACUCCUCCUCCAGCUGUGGAGACUGUGGAGCCAGACGACCCUGGUCCCCAGGAGGACCCUGACUCUCCCCUGCUUCCCCCCUCCCCGGAGAAUGGACAGAUCGUGACUCUGAUGGAGGAGGAGCCCCCACAGUCCACUGUGACUCUGAUGGAGGAAGAGGGGGAUGAUGAUGAGCAGGAGGAGAGAGAGGAACAGUGGAUGAGGGAGAGGGAGAGCCAGCUGUACUGUCCACUCUCUUCUGUCUCUUCUCUUUCUUGUGUGGCCACACUGCCAGAGUUGCUACAGCGCUGGUGUGACGCUCACCUCACCAGAGAGAGGCAGCAAGACACACACACCCCUAUACAGGUCCCUGUCCCUACCCCCACACACACACAGGAAGCCCCAACACACACAGAGACGGUUCCUGAGCCUGAGACUGCCCCCCAAGCCCAAAAUGAGGGCCUACCCCCUUUAGACUCUCAAAAUCAUACCCUUCACAUCGACACACCCCCGUGGACCCUAUCAUUUUGCUGGAGCCUAGCCGGACCUUUACCCUGCCCCCCACAGCUUCUCUCAAACCUCCCUCUGCAAACCCACCCCUACCCAGGACGAAGCUCCCCAGCACCCCAGCCAAGAAGACCCUGUACCCCCUCCAGCCCUGCAGGGAGCCCCCGUCCCGGAGACUCAACAGGCCAGCACCCCUACUCCCAGCUCCACCGCUCCCCUACACCUACCAACCUCCCUGGACACAGCCUCCCUGGACAUCCCCCCCCCUCCCCUGAAGGAGCAACCAGUCCAGCCCCUCCCACAGCCUCUAGACCUGCAGACCUUCCCCCUCCCACUGACCUCCCUGUCCCCCCUCAGCCUGACACAAACACAGAGCCACACACACCCAGGGCUGGGGCAGAGGGUGGAGACAGCCAGGGUCAGGGGGAGCAGGGAGAUGCCUCUGCCCAGCCAGCAGAACACCUGCAUGGGGAAGAAUCCGUGGAAGACCUGCUGCUUAGCGUCCCGGUGACCGCUAACGGACAUUUACACCGGACGGCUACAGACUUCUACGCUGAGCUGCAGAACGCGGGGGAGUACAUUGGAGGGAAUGGAGGGGUGAACGGAGGAGUGAACGUGUAUGGCUCCAGUCAGAAGGAGAGUGUGUUCAUGAGGUUGAACAACAGGAUCAAAGCCCUGGAGAUGAACAUGUCCCUCAGCAGCAGAUACCUGGAGGAACUCAGCCAGAGGUAUCGUAAGCAGAUGGAGGAGAUGCAGAGAGCAUUCAACAAGACCAUAGUCAAACUGGAGAACACCUCCCGCAUCGCUGAAGAACAGGACCAGCGGCAGACAGAGUCUAUCCAGAUGUUACAGGGCCAGCUGGAGAACGUCACCAAGCUGAUGAUCAACCUCACCAUGACUGUCUCACAGCUACAGAGAGAGGUGUCUGACCGACAGAGUUACCUGGUGGUGUCUCUAGUCCUGUGUCUCUGUCUGGGCCUGGUGCUCUGCCUGCAGUGCUGCUGGAGUGCCAACACACACACCGUUACACACACUGCAGUCAACCACUACCCCAGCCCCAAGAGGUGUUUCUCCUCCUAUGAUGAUUUGAGUCUGAAGCGGAGAGUAUCGUGUCCUCUCCUACGCUCCAAGUCCUUCACCUUUCCUACUUCAGAAGUAGGCCCUGACGACCUUUACAUUGUUGAACCUUUAAGGUUCUCACCAGAGAAAAAGAAGAAACGAUGUAAACUGAAGGCAGCAUUAUCAGCCCCCUCUUCUCCGAUGGCUAACGGGGGACUCAAAUGCAAUGGUCUCCCCCACUCCCUGAAUCCCCCUCCUCCUCUAGAAGACAUGUCCUCUAAGGAGCUCCCCUUCCCAUCAGAGAGUAGCAGCUGUUGCUCCUCCAGCCACUCUGAAGAGUCCUACAUCAGCCGAGGCCAUCCCCUCUCCUCCCCCCCAGGCCUGUGUAAUGGCCACGCUGCAGUGCUCCUCCCAUCCAACCUUCCCUCCCUCCCUCUCCCCUCCUCCCUUCCCUCCUCCCUCCCCCCCUCUCUUCCCUCUAAGAGGUCAGUUAAGCGUCGGCGCUCUCGUCAGGGAGAUCUGCAGUUCUCCUCCAGACAGACAGGAGGCGCUGCUGUGAACGCUCUGCACAGCCUGCAGCAGCUGAUCAAGGGAAACAAGGAGAUCAGUGUGGGGACCAUAAGAGCCACGGCAGUCACAGGACACGUCUGAUCACACACACAUGCACACUUCAGAUUGACUCAUAUACACACACCCUGGUAGCAGACUUGGUUAGGGAUGUGUGAAAGGGUGUGGUCUUGCCCCAAAAUGGCCACAUCUCUGAACCACAUCUCCCAUGAGCACCCUGCCCACAGUGGAACUCAAACACCAUGAUAUUAGUCACCCUAGCAACAGCCAUUCAGAGACCUCUCCACGGUCAUGUGCCUUUCUGUCCACUCUAAAGCUUUCACUGAUAUAAAAAACACUGAAAGGAUUGUUCUUUUUAUGUUCGGAGCGAGACUAAUGGUGGGGAGUGUUACUAGGAAACAGACAUUAAUUCAGCUGUUUCUACUGGACAAGCACAUCAGACCUGGGCAUCAGGGGCUUGUACUCCAGCCCUGUGCCCAGAGGAGAGGGGCUGAGUGGAGCUCUUACCCGGUUCCUUGUGAAAGUACAGUAUGAAGCUGUAAGGAUGAAAUGUGUCGCAGUGAGAGAACUGUGCAGCAGGAUUAGCUUCUUCUCCCUCUUUCCUCCUGUCCUCCAUUUCCACAUUCUGUUUAUUUUCUGUGCAUUGUUCAGUGCUAGCUAACACUACUGCAGUUGUUCGUAUGGGACCAGGGUGUUAAACCUUUCACACACAACAGGCCCUCUGUCUCCCUUUCUCAGGCAGUCUAACCUAACGCCAUGCAACUAGCAGAGCUGAAUGAAGAUACAUAACCAAUGUGUGUGUGAGCAUGCAAGCGUUCCUGUCUCUAGCCCAUGUUUAUCCAGCUCUGAUACAAAGGAACAGGCUCUAUACCUCUUGAACUCGUUAACCUAGCUAUUCUCCAGUCAGACUUCGUGUGUGUGUGUGUGUGUGUGUGUGUGUGUGUGUGUGUGUGUGUGUGUGUGUGUGUGUGUGUGUGUGUGUGUGUGUGUGUGUGUGUGUGUGUGUGUGUGUGUGUGUGUGUGUGUGUGUGUGUGUGUGUGUGUGUGUUCACACAGAGAGCCAGCCAAGAGGAAAGGGAUCUUGUACUGUAUAGACUGGUUGUUUUUGCACAUUGUGACAGGUCAACAGAACCCAGUCAGUUAGGUUUUUAUAUUGAGCUGUAUAUGAGCCAUGCUGAGAGCUGAAUGUUGUGUGUUAUUAUAGUGGUUGUUAGGAACAGUUUAGUCU